AACCCCUGAAAAUUCAUUCAUCACGGGCUUCAUGCUGUCAAGCUAGCCGUUUUCUUUACGCGGGACAUGUGUAGUAAAUGAUAAGUGGAUAGUAAUGCCAUUCGUAGAUCUGCUCCGUAGAUCUGUAAAGCCGUAAUAUCUGCGGUUGGAUGACACUUUCCUGUCUGGUGUGCAGGGAACUCUCGUCUCGUGUUAUGGGAGAGACACGGAGGUCAGACGAACGGUGGACUGUCAACGAUAAUGUCCGAGUAAAACGAGACUGUUGCAGCGUGGCCAGCUGUAUCUAUCAGUUGUUCUAGCAUUGAUCAGAUUAAAAAAAAUUGAAUCAUGCCUGGGAAACUGAAGGCCAAAAUUGUGGCUGGGCGCCACUUGCCUGUGAUGGACAGAGCCAGUGACCUUACUGAUGCUUUUGUAGAGGUAAAGUUUGGAAACACAACCUUCAAAACAGAUGUCUGUCCCAAAUCCCUCAAUCCACAGUGGAACUCAGAAUGGUUCAAAUUUGAGGUUGACGAUGAGGAUUUGCAGGACGAGCCAUUGCAGAUCACAGUACUGGACCAUGACACUUACAGUGCUAAUGAUGCCAUAGGGAAAGUUUACAUUGAUAUUGAUCCACUGCUUUACUGUGAGGCUGCUUCUGUCAUCUCUGGCUGGUUUCCCAUCUAUGAUACCAUCCAUGGAAUCCGAGGGGAGAUCAAUGUUAUUGUCAAAGUUGAGCUCUUCAAUGAUUUGAACCGUUUCAGACAGUCCUCCUGCGGGGUCAAGUUUUUCUGCACCACAUCCAUUCCACAGUGCUACAGGGCAACGAUGGUGCAUGGGUUUGUGGAGGAACUAGUGGUAAAUGAAGAUCCAGAGUACCAGUGGAUUGACCGCAUUAGAACUCCCAGGGCCUCUAAUGAAGCUCGACAGAGGCUCAUCUCUCUUAUGUCUGGAGAGCUACAGAGGAAAAUAGGGCUCAAGGUGCUGGAGAUGGGUGGGAAUGCAGUGGUGGGCUAUUUGCAGUGUUUUGACCUGGAAGGAGAGUCGGGCCUUGUGGUCCGGGCCAUAGGUACCGCCUGCACACUGGACAAACUAAGCUCUGGAAGCGCGCCCAACACCAACACACACACGCACCCAAACACAGCUCCUGCUUCCAAUGCCUGCAAUUCCCCCUCUAAAGAAGGAAAGGAGCCGGUAUUUGGUGAGGAUCUGCCCUCGUCCUCCGGCCCGCCAACCCCUUUCAGAGCCCUUCCCACCUCCUCCUCCUCUCCUCCCCCCUUCUCUCCCUCCAAGCCAUGCAGCCGCCAGUCCUCAUCAUCAGACACAGACCUCAGUUUGACGCCCAAGACGGGAAUGGGCAGUGGCGGCAGCGCUGGGAAGGAGGCAGGGCCCCUGAGAAGCCUUCUCAGACAACAGACGCAGACAGCUCUUGAGCAGAGGGGAGCGUCUUCCUCUGGGUUAUUGUUAAACGCCAGGGAGUUCCCCUUCUUCACCUUGACGGCUUUCCCACCUGGUUUUCUGCUUCAUGUUGGUGGAGUGGUCAGCGCUCGGUCCGUCAAAUUACUGGAUCGAAUACACAACCCUGAUGAGCCGGAGACUCGCGAUGCCUGGUGGGAGGAGAUUCGCCAGGAGAUCAAAUCUCACGCCAGAGCUCUCGGUUGCCAUGCGGUUGUAGGGUACAGUGAGAGCACGAGCAUCUGUGAGGAGGUGUGUAUUCUAUCUGCAUCAGGCACAGCAGCCAUCUUGAAUCCUCGGUACAUGCGUGAAGGCUGCCUGGACAUUGGUUGCACUGACCACAGGUUUGAGGAACCGUCUCCACCAAGCUGUGGCUUCUGUCACAUCCCGUACGAUGAGCUUAACAUGCCAUUUCCUGCCCAGCUCACGUAUUGUUACCACUGUAGAAGGCAAAAGGUUCCAGAUGUGCUCUUCACAACAAUUGACUUGCCAGCAGAAGCAGCUGUUACAGGAAAGGGCUGCCUUAUCCAGGCCAGGCUGUGUCGUCUAAAGAAGAAAGCCCAGGGAGAAGUGAAUGCAACAGCCAUCUCUAACCUGCUGCCUUUCAUGGAAUAUGAGCUACACACUCAGCUGAUGAAUAAACUGAAACUGCGGAGCAUGAAUGCUUUGUUUGGCCUACACAUACAGAUCAGUGUUGGCGAGAACAUGCUCCUGGGUCUAGCUUCUGCUACAGGUGUGUACCUGACAGCUCUGCCUGCCCCAGGGGGUAUCCAGAUUGCAGGGAAGACUCCAGGAGACCUGAACAAUGAGCACCAUAUAUUGUCCAUUCAGAAAAGGAUUAAUGACACCAUAGCCCUGAACAAAGAACUCUACCAAAUAAACCCUCCGAAAUUAUUUGCCCUGGACCCUGAGGUGUUCUGCGGUAUAAACAUGGAGCUGGCAGAAGAAGGGGUGGGCUCUCCAAUCCCUGAGCCAAGGCAGCGAUCAAGACUUUUGCGCUCCCACUCAGAAAGCUCAGACGAACUGUCAGAACUGGAUCUGUCCCACGGCAAAAAGGAUGCCUUCGUCCUGGAGAUCGAUGACACCGAUGCUGUGGAGGACAUCCACUCCCUCCUUACUGAUGCACCUCCCCCCGCAGGUUUCUACAGCUGCAACACUGAAAACAUGCCUGGGAUUUGUAACUGGACUUCAGGAGUACAGAUGUUUACAUCAGUGAGGGUCUUGAGGUUGAGCAAUGCUAAUCUUACUAACCAAGGUUUAAACAAGACCUUCACUGACCUCUGUGAGAACCUGCUGAAGAGUUUCUACUUUAAGCUGCGCUCUAUGAUCCCCUGCUGUCUUUGUCAUCUCAACUUCACCGUAGCAGUGCCAGAAGAAGAGCUCAUACAGGUCACGGUGACAGCCGUUGCCAUGACCUUUGACAAGGAACAGACUCAGGAGAAGACAACUGAGAAGCCCAUCACCAAAGGGAGCAUUGAUGCUGAAGAGCAGCUGCAGUUUCCCCUGGAGUUGUGUGCAGACUCGUCCUCUUCCACUCAGACAGCAUCCAGAGUCUCAGGUGUUGCAGAAAGUACGAACAUCUCACCCAGAGCUGCCUCCGUUGAUUACGGUUCCUUUGCAGACAGAUGCAGCACCUGGCUAGAGCUGCUUAGGCUGAAAGCUCACACCAUAAGACGAGGAUCAGUUAAGACAAGUAGGAGGACACAGUCUCUAGCACACUCUGUCUCAUCUUUGGAGCGCUGCAGUCCGCUGCAAGAUGGACGUUCCCGCUCGCUGCGCUCCAGCCGCUCGUUUGGAGGCAGUUCGGUGACGGUGGUGAAGAUGACACCGCUCUCCUUCCUCUCUGGGACUCGCAUCAUUAAAUACCUUGGGAUCAUCAACAUGUUUUUUAUCAGAGAGACAACAUCGUUACGGGAGGAAGGCGGUGUCAGUGGCUUCCUUCACUCAUUCAUUGCAGAGGUGUUUGCGAUGGUUCGAGCUCAUGUAGGAGCCCUCGGCGGCAAUGCAGUUGUGUCUUUCAGCAUGAAAGAAUGUGUGUUUAUGGAAAAUCCAAAUAAAAAUCAGGCUCAGUGUCUCAUAAAUGUAAGUGGCGAUGCAGUUAUCUGCAUCAGCGAAACAGACCAGGAGUCCACAGCAUCAACGGCAAAUACUGGACAGACCUGUAGUAGUGGAACAGAUGGGACUACGUGACAAUGAAAUGGUCCCUGAUUCUGACACCAGGAAACACAAUCUGAGUCAAAACACUCUGAGUCUAGCCAUCCAAAUCUGACUGACUUAUAUUUGCCUUAAAACUCUAUAAAAGAUCCAAAGGCUUGGAUACAGGUAAUAAAGAUCCAUUGCUCAAGCAUGCAAACCAUGCAAUUUGUAUUAAUAUAGGAGUGCAGGAUGUUUCUCUUUGUUUUUCAUGUGUUUAAUGAGAACAUUUUUGCAGGAUAUUAUGGAAUUUCAAAGUAUUUCAAAGCAUUUUAUUUCAAACUAGCCAAAUGACCCAUUACUCCGAACCUUUCCUUCGUAUUACAGCCGUCCAUGCUGGGUUCGCUCACAGCCACAGUAUAUUGGCCAUCCAGUUAUCCAUUUGAGUGGGGCAGCUAUGACUAAUUUGUCCAUCCACGGACCACAGAUGUCACUCAAUGACUGAAAUAAAAGGGAAAUAAUCUAAUGAUUUAAAUGCAGUCAAAUUCUUAAUUGGUGUUAGGCUUUGUUUCAGGGAGUUUGCAGAUUAAAGGCCCAUCUGUUGAGCACCAAGUGAACAGAUUAUGUAUCAGGCAAGGCAGGUAUUUAAAUUUCAGCUGAGUGGUGCUCUUGCUUAAAAUUUAGAAAAAUUAUCCUGAAAUGGAAAAUUUUGAAGCUGAUUCCAAAGAAUCCAAGCAGACCUGCAAUCCUUUUGUUGUCCAGUUUUAAUGUUUUAUGUCUAAACUGGACUUUUGUUGAAUUUGUUCAAGAAUCUUCCUAAUUGCUGUCAAAGUAUUUCUCAGAGAAAGUCCAAAAUUGCUCUGCAAGUGUCAAACAAUGGUGUCACAGCUUGGUAUGUAUUUCUGGGAGUAACUCAUGUUACAUGCAUUUAGAUAACACAGGCCAAAACUACAGGUGUUAUAUGCACAUACUUUUGUAGAGCAAUAACUCUCCCAUUAAAAUAGCUAUUACUAUUUAUUCAGUAUAAAACUAUUAGAUUCUAUUGCUUUAUCCUAAAUUCAAGUGACAUGGUAGGUAUGCAUUUCAUUCACAUGCCUCUGGAGUGAGUGGGCACAUGUCAGGGAGAGGUGUGAUGUCAGCUAACAAAACAGAUAAGUGAUAAAAUGGGCCUUUGGGGUGUCGUAACAGGUAUCUUUCAUAGAAUAUAAAGUCUUUAAGGUUGUUUUGAAGCAUUUAAACCUUGAGUUCUGGGUUAUCAAAGCAACUCCUCAUCUUGUUGCAUCUCGCUGUGUCAAAUUUCACAAAGCUUCACCAAGCUUAAUUGCUGUUUCUUGGGCACUCGUGUUCAUGUUAAGAGUCUUGCUGCUGAUCUGUCCAUCGUGGUGGAAAAAGCAGCUAAAGGUGUCUGUGCCACCUGAAAACAGACUAUGUAAAUGUUCUCUAAAAUCAGAUUUUUAGUAUUUUUGUAACUUAAAGAGUCCUACUACUUACUUCGGCUGUGCAAUGAGUUUCAUGAUGUUUUGAGUCACUGUGUCAGAGAAUUAGUGGUACUCUGUUUAUGUGAUCAGCAGUUUGUGAUUAGUUUCAUAUGUUUGUGUCUAAAACUUGAAUGUAAAUACUUGGAUGCUUUGGCUUUUUGACUAGCAGCAUGCAGACCCACUUUUUAUUGCCAUGACUCUGUAUGCUUGCCUGGUAAGUCUUGCACAAUAAAUCUGAAUCAAAGUGAAA